CUUUCUUUAAGGAGGCUGCCAUCUUGGGGUUGCCACCUGGAGGGUCACAGGGACGGGACGGGACGGGCAGCGCUGGUCAAGACGCGAUGCUGUCUCGUUUGGCCUUGCGUGCGCUGGCUCCGGCUGGCCUCAAGAGCUUGGCGCCCUCUCUAUCCGUGGGGAUAGUGCAAGUAUCAAGACCACUUCACUCAAGCCAGCAGCACUUGGCUCCUGUUCCACCUCUUCCAGAGACGGGAGGAAAAGUCCGCCAUGGAAUAAUCCCUGAAGAAUUUUUCCAGUUCUUAUAUCCCAAGACAGGAGUUACAGGCCCCUAUAUGUUUGGGACUGGGCUUCUGCUCUACCUUCUCUCAAAGGAAAUUUACAUAGUUAACCAUGAAACAAUAGCUGGAAUAUGCAUUGUGGGAAUUAUCAUAUAUGGAAUUAAGAAAUAUGGUGCAGAUGUAGCAGCUUUUGCUGACAAACUCACUGAGGAAAAAAUUGCAGGAAUAGCUGCUGUGAAAAAUGAUAUGAUGACCCAACUUGAGAAGGGUAUAGAAACUGAGAAGAAAGAGCAGUGGAGGAUUGAAGGUCGUCACUAUCUCUUUGAUGCCAAGCGGAACAAUGUCGCUAUGCUGCUGGAGAGUAACUAUAGAGAAAGGCUGCUCACUGUAUACAGAGAAGUGAAGAAGAGGCUAGAUUAUCAAGUGGCAUUACAGGAUCUCAAGCGGAGUAUGGAACAAGAUCACAUGAUCAACUGGGUGGAGCGAAAUGUUAGGCAGAGUAUUACAGCCCAACAGGAGAAGGAGAGUAUUGCUAAGUGUAUCUUGGACCUGAAGGUGCUGUCAAAGUCUGCACGAGUGGCUGUCUAAACACAAUUACUUAUGACCUCUUAAACCAUAUGAUUGCAAAUCAUAAUUAAAAUAUAUGUACCUUUU